AUGGCAGCACAACAAAAACGCCUCAUAACCCAGCCCACCUCCAAACUCGGCAAACUCGACAUCUGCACCAUCCUCCGCAAAGAAGAUUCCUGGACCCUCCUCCCCCGCCCCACGCGCGAAGAACUUUACACCCUCCUCCCCGCCCCUCGCGCCGGAGAACCAGCACACGACCCCGACGUCCAUCCUUUACGCACGAACUUGAAACCGUUCAUCGAGGAGGAGCUGCGCGUAUGGCAGGAGGAUUUGAAGGAGGGACGGGAGGCGAAGAAGUGGCGGGUCGAGGCUAUGCAGGCAGGGAAGGAUCGGAGGGAGGGGAAGUUUGAGGAGGGGAUGGAGGUUUGUAGGGAGGAGUAUUGGGGGAAGAGGGAGGUGGGGGAGGAGUUGGUCAGGCAUGAGGAUGGGGUUAAGGGGGAGGUUGGGUCGGAGGAGGCUAAGGAUGCGGAUGCUGCUGAUGUUUGA